GAAGCCAUCGUCACAGCCUAAGCCCGCCUGUCGUAAAAUGUCGAAUCGAGGAGCUUACUACAAGAAUCGAUAUGGAGGAAGACGGUAAGGGACUUUGAUUUGUAUUGAAAUGCUAUUGAUGAGGAAAAAUGACACAAGCAGAAUUCGAUCAAAAUGUAGAAAUGAGAUAAAGGAACAUGAAAUAUGUUUAUGAGUUGGUUGAUAACCAAUUGUAGAUGUACACGUGUGCAUUACUAAGGGUAGAAAGUCACUUUUUUCUCGACAUGUUUAGUCGUGAGAUUUAACUGUGUUUGCUCUGUUUAUAUUUCGAAAUGAAUGUUAUCUCCCUGUUCUGUUUUCAAAGAUCAAGAUAUACGUCAUCGAUCCAGACUGUAUUUUUUUGGUCUUAUUUUUUUAGGGGAUCUAGAGGUGGAUGGAGAGGUAAUUAUCAAAACCCAAACAGUUACGGUCAGCAAAGACCAGAUUCUGCCUCAAACGAUGGCAGGGGGUCCAGCUAUGGAGGCUCAAGAAACUGGGAGGUAGGAAUAAAAAUUGUGGGGAGUGAUCAUUUCAUUUUUGGGCAGUCUGAGUCUCCCUAUUCUCUAGAGAAACAUAAACAACAAGGCUCUGACAUAAAAUGUCUUAAUUUAAUCUGAGUUAAAGUGCUUCCUUGGGAAAAGCCAUUCAGCAGAGAGACUGAACAGUGACUUAUGUUCAAAGCAUCAGUUGCAUGAGAAAAAAAGGACACUACAGAACCUGAGGCUGUAAAAUAUGUGGAAAUUUUAUGAACCAUUACUCAAUGGAUAGAACAUUAUCUAUCUAACAGCAGUAUGCAUAUUCUCCUUACUGUCCUCCAUGCUUUUCUUGAGAUGCUGGAAAGGAGAACUUGUUUUGCAAUCAAAAGCUGUUUUAGUUGGUGAUCAUUUCCUUUAUCCUUGUGACCUUCAUGUUUGAUUAAGGAUGGAUAUUAUGGGAAGAAAUUUUAUGUCUAAGUUCCUAGUAGUCAAAGGUUAAAUUGAAUUUUUUGAAAAAUUACUCACUUUGUGUGUUUCCAAGUCAAAAUGCUCUCUUUUGGUAGAAUGAAUGUAAAGUGAUUUAUUUGUCAUGUAUUCUUGGAUAGGAUCUGGCUCAUACUCUGGCAGACUUAGAGGGGAAAAGCUACAAAGCUUACCAUGAUAUAUCAGGUAAAGUUCUCUUGUUUGAUCAUAUGUUUGUGCAACCAUCCUAUCCCUGGCAUUACAGGCGAGUGUAAGCUUGUCAGCUGUAUGUCAGAGAGUUAGCCCUGCACCUUGACAAAGAGCUAACAUUCGAACCAUCAGCUUUCGAAUUUGUUCUGCUUAUUUCCCUUGUGACUUCAAAAUGAAUUGAUUUUACAUGAAGAUUCUUAAGCAGGAAAAAAAAAUGUUAAGUUGAGGAUGUAUGGUAAGCAGUGCAGAAAAUUGAUAUUUAUAUUAUUUUAUUGAGAAGGUCAAUUAUUCUGUAAAACCCUGAAAUUUCAAUUCCCUCUUUUUAGGGAUUUGUAGCUUGUAUUAAUGAUCAUAUUUACUUGCUUUACAGAAGCUUACAACAGCGGCAAUGCUUCAGGAUUGUUAUUUUCAUUGCUUUUUUGUUAUCUUUCUGUUGUACUUUAGGAUGCUGGAUUUUUCCAAAGUUUAAACUUUAUGCUGACAAAAUACAGAGUGACCCUUUUGCUCCUGCGUCACUGUUCAGAGUUAUCAUGGAUCAAGAUGUUGCAGGAUACCCAGCAUUUACCAGCAGGUAAUAUUUUGCAUCUUGAAAUAACCAAAACAUUUGUGUGGGAUUUGUUUUGUUUGUGUGGUAGAUAUGGAUAAGCAAAGGUUUUAGUUUCAAAACAACCAAUAAAAUCAUGCAUACAGCUAAACAUAAGGGCCCAGUUGUUGGAAGGCCAAUCAGCGCUAACCCAAGGUUCAAUUUUAAUCUGUGUUUCUUUAUUCCUUUAUUCAAAAGCCUUUUUGGGAUAAUUUUCUGUGUUCUUCUUAAAGCAUCAAAUAUUCACAUUCUAGAUGAAAGAAAUUUGAGUGAAUUUUCUUCUAAAGCUUUCAGAUCUGAAAUCAGAUUUCACACUAAUCAUGGGUUAUCUUAACCCAGCUUUGAACAACCUAGCCAAGAUCUGGUAUUUUAGCCUCCCCCAUAGAAGUACGCCCCUGGUUAAUCAAGCCAUACCUCGAAUUACAGAUGAUCAGGUCCUAUCAUAACAGGAUUUGAUAGAAAAAUUGACUCUUGACCACCAGAAUUUAAAACCCAUUCACCAGUAAGCAAUGUAGUCUUGUCUGUGUUAUUCUUCAGGUAGACCAGUGCCCAGGAAACUAUACAUCUGUCAUUUUUUUUGGUGUCUCUCUUUAUAUACUCAACUAGUGAUCAUUCAAAAGAAGGAAAACAUUUUAUAUUCAUAAAUUUAUAUUCUCUACACUGCACUCUAUACAUUUCCUUGUGGGGAAUUUUGCCAACUCUUUGAUCCCUAAGAAUGAUUGGCAUCUAAUUUCUCCUUACAAUAUUAUCCCUGAAUCAAACAUUAAGGUCACAAGAAUAAAAACAAUGAUCACCUAUGGAAGAAGCUCCUGAUUAUUAAACAAAUUCUCCUUAUCAGCACCUAAGGAAAUGUAUAAAGAACAGUGUGGAGAAUAUGCAUGCUGAUGUUAGGUUAAAAACGGCUAAAAAUCAAGAGCUUUUCAAGUUUGCAAUCAUUAUUGUUAUUGUAUUGUUUGAUUCUGCAGUGAUGCCCAAUUGGAAAUUAGAUACUAGUCUCCUUCAGGAAUUUUUAAGGGUUAAGUGAAGAAAUGUUUAUAAAACUUUGUUUUCAAAUGAUGCAGAUGGGUAAAGAUGUUACAAAACAGAUUCUUUUGUGUUUUUGGCAACCAAACGAAAGAGCUGAAGAUGUAACUUUUGGUCUCUGAUUUAUAAAACUGACGAUAAUGUUUGUUUAUUUUCACAGCACUCGUCUUCAGCAAAUAGCAACAGGUGACUACCUGACGAGAAUAUUUUCCAACCUUGUGCGGUUUGGAGGCCAUGAUAGACAGCUGAGUGGUGGCGGCGAAGGAUGGCAUGGAAAGAAAGGAGGGAGCAUGAAUAUUGAAACGUAUGUAACUGUACAAUUCUGGGAUAUUUUAUUCUAUUGGGCUGGGAUGUGUAAAAUAUUGUGAAGCUAACUCACGAUCAUAGAUUACCUUGUUUAUCAUUUUUAAAGUUUCUCUCAGUUAUUAUGUGCUCUGAAAUUGGUUGGUUUUGACCCACUACACCCUAAAAUCAGAAUCAAUAUUCUCCUCACUCUUCUCUGUACAUUCCCUUUGUUACUCACAAGGAGAGUAUGUUUAACAAUCAAAGCUUCUUAGGUUGGUGAUCGUUUCUUUGAUUCUCAGGACAUUAAUGAAUGAUUCAGCACUAUUAUUGUGAGGAGAAAUUUAAUGCUGGUCACUCUUAAGGUUCAAAUGUUCAAUGUGAGGUUUUGAAGUCAUUUCGCUGCAAUUUAGGGAGUUUUAUAUAUUCUACUUUCUCUCUUGUCUAAAGAAAAAAUGUGAAAGAACUAUAUUCAAUUGAGGACCACCUGAAUUGCUCUGAACUAACCUUAAAACCACCCUGAAAUGUAUGAAUGAAGUGACAUCAGCCAUUAUUUAUCUAUCAUAACAUCAGCAUGCAUAUUCUCCAUACUGUUUCUUAUACAUUUCCUAAGGUGCUGAUAAGGAGAAUUUGUUUGACAAUCAAGAACUUCUAUUGUUGGUGAUCAUUUCCUCUAAUUUCAUGACCUAAAUGUGUGAUUUAUGGGUUAUAUUGUAAGGAGAAAUUAGGUUCUAGUCACUAGAAGGGGUCUGAAAAGGUUUAGAGAAAAAAGGAAGUUAUUUGCUUGUCACCAAAUGUUGUUCAGUAUUGUUUCUCAUAUUUUUUUUAAAGUUUAAUUUAGUUUUGGUUUUUUGCAGACCAUGUCAACAUGUUCUUGAGAGGACUUCUUGUAUUGUGACACCUGAAACUGUUGAGGUACAUACAUUUACCUGUAAACUUUUUAUCAGAACUUUACCUUCUAGACAUCUCAAUUAUUUGAAAGGUUUGACUGAUAUGAGCUCUCGAAGAACUAAAAAAAACAAGACUGCAGGGAAUGAAUCUAAAACGAAAAUGACUUUAUACACGUCGACGAAAUGGCGGUUAGCGUACUGACGUGUUGGCGAAACGACCGAAGAGAAAGUAUCAAGCUCAAUAACCAUAUCAUUUUUUUUUAGUUGAGGUUCACAGUAUCCCUUCCAGCAAGAGGCCGAACCAUCGAAGGACAUGCCUGCAGGAGAAUUCUCACCGAGAACCUUCCGCAAAUUAUUAAUAAGGUGAAACUUGAGAAUUUCGCCAACUUCUGAAACUAAUGUUUCCCAGAAUGCUGUCUGGUCAAGCUCGUCUUCAUGUUAUCUUCCUCGUGUGUUCCUUUUUUUUUUUCCCAGGCUCUUCCAUACAAAAGUCAGGAUCAAGCAGCGCUUAAGAAACACGUGGAGUGUGUUGAAGACCAGGAGUACAUUCGCUCCCAGCUCUCUGCAGCUAACCUUGUGGCAUUUGUCAGAGAUGAAGCUGUUCUACCGCGUGCAAGUGGAGCAGAUGACAGGCCAAUGGAAAGGUCUGGUGUCACUUUGUUCAAAAGUCCGGACAGUUUGAGAGUGGAGUUUAAUAUGCCACACGCUGGAAAGUAAGAACAAAUUUCGUGAUGCGCUGUAUGUUGAAGGAGCUCUACACGAUAAUUGGAGUCUCUGAAAAGGGAAAUUCCUGUUGGGCGCAUCUCGACUGAAUGUCAUAAAACAAAAGUAGUCGCAACAGGCAUCAGGGAAAAGGAAAAAUAUCACAUGAAAUCAAAAAAAAAACAACAACAACAACAUGAUUGACUAAGAUUGCUUAAAUAAGCGAUUUUUCUCUGGAUCUAUCACAGAGGGUCUCAAUUAACCGUCAGCCCGUAAAAUGACCAAAAAGUUUAGCCGUUAGGUGUUAAAAGGAUUGAAAAAUUUCAACUCAGUCGUUAACAAAGUUAACCGUAAAAAAAUUUUUGUGACGACAGUGGAAAUAUUAACUGUUAGCCCUUAAUUGGCGAAAAUAUUAACCGUUAGCCUUAAAAGCCAUCACUAAUCACUAAAAAAAAAAAAAAGUAAGAUGUAAUUCUUCAUUUUUAGGGUGACAGGCAUGGGUAUUCCUAAAGGGGUAUCUCUUAUUGUGGGCGGUGGUUUUCACGGCAAGUCCACGCUGCUAAAUGCCAUCCAGUUUGGAGUGUAUAACCACAUCCCUGGGGACGGACGGGAGUUUGUCUGCACCGAUCCGACAGCGGUUUCAAUACGGGCUGAGGAUGGUAAGAAGUGAUUUUUUUUAUAAAGUGUUUUAAUCCUUGUCAUUGUGCCUCCUUGCUGCGAAAAUGUUUCGCAUAUCAUGCUUUAUAUUUACCCGUUGGUUUGUGUGUUCGUUACGUGACGGGCUCGCUUGUUCAUUCUAACACUCAUUUGCUCAUUUGUUCAUCCCUUUUCUCGUUCUCUUCCUUGUCUGCUUCCUUGUUUGCCAGCUCGUGCGCUCGCCAGCUCGUGCGCUCGCCAGCUCGUGCGCUCGCCAGCUCGUGCGCUCGCCAGCUCGUGCGCUCGCCAGCUCGUGCGCUCGCCAGCUCGUGCGCUCGCCAGCUCGUGCGCUCGCCAGCUCGUGCGCUCGCCAGCUCGUGCGCUCGCCAGCUCGUGCGCUCGCCAGCUCGUGCGCUCGCCAGCUCGUGCGCUCGCCAGCUCGUGCGCUCGCCAGCUCGUGCGCUCGCCAGCUCGUGCGCUCGCCAGCUCGUGCGCUCGCCAGCUCGUGCGCUCGCCUGCUCGUGCGCUCGCCUGCUCGUGCGCUCGCCUGCUCGUGCGCUCGCCUGCUCGUGCGCUCGCCUGCUCGUGCGCUCGCCUGCUCGUGCGCUCGCCUGCUCGUGCGCUCGCCUGCUCGUGCGCUCGCCUGCUCGUGCGCUCGCCUGCUCGUGCGCUCGCCUGCUCGUGCGCUCGCCUGCUCGUGCGCUCGCCUGCUCGUGCGCUCGCCUGCUCGUGCGCUCGCUUGCUUGUGUACUCAUGAAAUGUUGCCUGGCUCGCCCGUACGCUUGUGCGCUCGUUCGCUCCAUCUUUCGUAAUCUCUUUGCUCGUUCGGCGCACAGAACGUGUGCGCACCUCUGGUUGUUAGCUCUUUGCCUUGUCUUUUAGGACACUGUACUGUGAAUCUAUGAACGUUUUCACUUUUAUGUUUACUGCGUUUAGGUAGAAGUAUAGAGAAAGUAGACAUACGGCCAUUCAUAAACAACUUACCUUUUGGUCGAGACACGAGCAAGUUUUGUACCCAGGACGGCAGCGGCUCGACUACACAAGCUGCAAAUAUUGUCGAGGCUUUGGAAACUGGGAGCAAGUGCUUGCUAAUUGAUGAGGUGAUUAUUUUGAUAGUUAAUAUUCACGAGUAGUUGGUUGCAUUAGCGGGUUGUAGGGUAAAAGUUAUCGAUAAAAUCUUAAGUUCCACCGCAAAGUGAUUAUAAAACAAAGAUAGCAACAUUUGUAUAAUAAAAUUCAACUGCGCGAGCGUGCCUAAUAGUUUUAUUGUGCACGCCUUUGACGUCAGCAAAGAAAUGAUUGACAGUGAAGUUCCCGUCUGGUGUGGCUGCGAGUUUCGAGACUUUCAAGGUGGUUUUUCCGUUUCAUAUCGAUUCAGAUAGACCUUAAGUUGCUCAAAACAAAGAGCAAAUUUGCGGAAGGAUACUGGAUUUGGAAAGAAGUGGACACUUAUGCCCUUAAAGGGAAAAAAAAAUAGGGCUUUCAAGUUACAAUAUUACGAUUCCCAAACGCGAUUCGAUUUAUGGCGGGAAAAUGAAAACUUCUGAUUUCAGGAGGGCUUUGCCGUUUUCGGACAACUUUUUGACCCGCUGAACAACUUGCAAAAUUUUCAACUCAACGCCUUUGUGAUUACUUGGGUUUUGGUUUUUCGACAAUCAGAUGAAAUGCAAUCUGAACUUCCGCUUCUCCUUACUCAGGAUACAAGCGCAACGAAUUUUAUGAUUCGAGAUGCCCGCAUGCAGAAGCUGGUUGCUGCUGAAAAGGAACCAAUCACUCCUUUUAUAUCGAAGGUGAGUUCUUGAUUUUUGUUAAGUGGAAACGCGAACGUACGCGCGGGGAUAAAGGGCAAGAAGUGAUGUUCAAGAACCAACAGGGCCCACGUUGAUUUUUGAUGACAGCGAAGACAAAGAAGAAUGGCAUACUUGACGUCUGUAUGCAAGCCAAGGAGAUUGGGACUAGGAGAUACAAGCUUGUUUCAAGGAGAACGCAUUUAAUAACUCAAUUGUGUAAAAAUUACAUCUAAAACUUGAACGUUCAACACCUCUAUGAUCUUGUUUGUGCUCUCAGGUUCGUAGCUUGUUCGACGACUUUGGGGUCUCGUCGAUCCUCGUUAUAGGAGGCUCAGGAGAUUAUUUUCAGGUAAACAGUAUUUAUGAUAGAAUGAUUUUCAACUAGGGGUCGAAAACAACCCGGGAAUUACUUUGAUUUCCCCUAACUUUUGUACACACUAUCUUCUCAACCAAUCAGAUGCAAAAAUAAAAUGAACUUAGCAUGUCGUUGGCUAAAGAUAACAUAAUGUAAACUUCUGUUAUUUGAUUACUUUUGUUUUGGUUAUUCAACACUCAAUUGAAAAGUACCUUAUUCAGUGAAGGAGCAAGGUCCUACGAUUUUCCAUUGUCUUAGUUUACAACUUUGAUAAUUUGAACAUCACAGUACAAAGACCAAAUUUCUUGGCUUGACAAACCUCAUAUGACAGGGGUACUUCUUUGAAUCUCGCUAAACAUAGAUUUAACUCAAAGCAAAAUAUGAGCUCUCUGUUUCUCUUUCUUUGUACCCCUUUUGUCUCAAAGGUUGCUGAUCACGUGAUCAUGAUGGAUUGCUACUCUUCGCGUGACGUCACAGAUCAAGCAAAGGUUAGUGCGCAGAUUCGAUGUUGAUAGAAGAAAGAGCUGAACAAAACAAUCUGAGGUGAACGUGAGAGCGAGGAAUGCAACAAGUUUAAGCGCGAGGGAAACAUUGAAUCUGUUCUAAAAACCUGCAGGAAACGUUGGAAGAGACAAGCCCGAUAUGUGUGCACUUAUGGAAGCGUAGCAAUCACCUUUUCCCGCACUUUUCACCAAGGUCACGUUUUUCCGCGCUUUUUCUCUGAAGUCACUUUCCCGCGCCUUUUCGCGAAUGUCACAUUUUCCCGCGCUAUUUUCCUGUUGCGGAUUGUUUUCCCGCCCUUUCUACUUUUUCCCGUAUUUUACCAGGUACAUGAUGUUUCAACUAACAAAAUUCUUUCCCGUUGUUGUUCCUUGCCGUUGUUUAGGCCAUUGCUAUGGAGCAUAAGGAGAUCAGUCCUCAGUCUCGCAGUCCGUUUGUUAUGCCUGCGCCUCGGAUUCCCAUAGCUGAAAGUUUUGACGCUACAAUCGGAGACAGAGAGAAGGUUUGUUUAAAAUUAAUGUAUCUGAUGUUAACAAUAUCUUAGUUCGUAUAGUUGUGAAUUUUUUAAAAAAAGUGUUGAAUUGCUGAGAGGAGAAUUUUCAAUGAAGCAGAAUUCCCGCGAGUUUAUUAGCGAAAGUCUUCCUAUUUUUUAGAAUUUUUUUUUCUGUGUCGGGUCACACCUAAUACAACCGCUAUCAUGCUCUGGGCUUGUAGUGCGAGUCCUAAUCUUGAGGCUGAAAAAUGGAUUUAGUGGUUUUAAAUCAGACUUGAAGUUUUUUUCUUGAUUAUGUGUACCAACCCUGAAUUAAUAGUUCAUAUUGGCUUCUUGGUAUCAACGGGUAAGAAAAGUAGCUUAAGCUGUUAUUCUUUUCUCUGCCCAUCCUAGCUUUUUUUAAGGGAAUUGUUGUAAUCGUUUGACUUUCAGGUCAAAGUGAGGGGAAAGACACAGUUUGGUUUCCAGGUGCAGUUUGGUAACGAAGAAAUCGAUCUCUCGUUUAUUGAGCAGCUGGGAGAGUUCAGUCAAACGAGGUAUAACCUCUUCUUCUCGCUUCCGUUGAACCAGGCUUCUGUAGAAGUGAUGCUUUUCUUUACUUUCACGUAAGAUUAUUAAAUGUCGGUGGAUAAUAAACCAUUUAAGCGUAGAUUUACAUCUUUUUUUUCCCACUGUCUGAUCAAGGGCCAUAGGAGAUACUAUUCUGUACGCAAGGAAUAAUUAUAUGGACGGAAAGACAUCGCUUCUGAAAGUGUUGCAAAGGUAAGUACACCAUGGUAUGAUACAUAUUUUAAGAUAAUUUACCAACGUCUUUCGUGCAAAUCUUCUUUCUGUAGAGAAUAAUACGUGGGCGCGAGUAUAUAUAGAACUGCUCCUCUCGUGUUCAACUCGAUGUCUCACUCAUUUUCUGCGCCAUCACUCAUGAAAUAUCGAGUCGAACACUAGAAGAGAAAUUCCAUGUCUACAGGCAAUCAUAUAUUAUUUUCGGAUCAAUAUCAGUAUCUGGGCAACUGCCGACCUACCCCUCCCCUAACCCAACAACAGGUUGGGGAGGGGUAGGUGGGCAGUUGCCCAGAUACUGAUAUUGAUCUUUAUUUCCUUUAUUAUACAAACACCAAAGGGCUUUACUAACAAAAACGUCGUCUUUAUUAAUGAACGAGAAUGGUGAACACUUUGAAUUGAACCAGACUAAGUGGGGCGAAAGGCGAAUGACGUGUCAGCAGCUGACAGUUAAAAAAGGAAUAAUGAUUGUAAUGUGACACGUGUGCAGUUACAGCUAAUUGUAAAUGGUAAUUGUAAAACACCGCAAUUUAUUCAAAUUAUGUUAGGAAAUAAGUCCCUCUCUCUUUCUUGUUCUCAACUUAUAUAGCUAUAAAACUUGUUUCUAUUUGAAUCUUUCUUGUUAAGGGUGGAGCAAGACUUUAACACCAAAGGUCUAGACGUACUCAGUCCCAGACUUCCUCUUGGCUGCUUUUCUCGCCCCAGACUUCACGAGAUCGCCGCUGCCAUCAACAGGUUGAGAGCACUGGCCAUGAAAUGAAAUUAGAAAGCGACGAAGAAGAGCGAGGGCAGGAAAGCAUUCAAGUUAUUUUUUCCUUUCUGUUAUGAUCACGUUGAGUUUCCUAUCGUAGCGCCAGCACACCAUAUACUUAAUAACCUGCGGUUUGAAGCGUUCAAAAAGGUUUCCAGGCAACGUGACGCCAGUUGCAAGUGAAGAUUUCUGAGAACUCGAACCGUCUUGUAAUUGGUCUGUUAUAAAGUCACUAGGUCUUUAGUAAAAUAAAAGGGAAUCUUGCAGGCGGACAAUGGAAGGCGAACGAAACAAUGCAAAAUAAUCUACGGGCA